AUGAUUUUCCUUGAGGAUGCUUAAAGAGCACAAGCUCAAUCACCAGAAUCUUUUAAACGAUUGUUUUUACCUCACAAAAGUGAUAUGGGUUUUGUAUUUACCAGAUUAAAUAAACAACUUUCAACUGUCAAAAGUACAGAAAGAAAACUCUUUAAAAAACGUCAACCUGAUGAAGAAAUUGAAUAAGCAAAGCUUGAUUCGUCUUCAAGCUUAGAGAAAAAGAUGGCUGAAGAUCUUUUGAAACAUGAAGUGUGCGAUUGGUAAAAUUUCAUGUAGAAGGAUUAAGAAACAAUCCGUCAAAUUAACUCCUAAGAUGAAUUACAAUAAGAACUAGCUUCAAAAACCAAAACAUAAGAAACUACUAAAAGAAGUAGAAUUUGGCAAGAUGGAAAUGAACGAUAUGUGUUUUUUUAAAGAAUGAGACAAGGAAAGUAAGAUUAUAUAUUUUAUAUGAAAAAGUAAAUUGUUACCUAACUUGAGUUCGCAAGACUUUCUUUCUUCAGUGCGACAUUCAUCCAAACUUAAUGAAUAUGCUAAGGUGUAUAAAUAAUAGCCUCAAAAUAUUUAUUUGAGUCUCAAUCUUUCUCAGCCAAAAAGAGUUCCCAAGACUUUUGGAUUAAUAUAAAAUACUUCUUAAUUAUAAGCUGUAAAUACAAAUAGAUGUUUAAGAUCAAGAGAAGAUUGUAGAGCAUUCUCAUGUGCAAUGUUAACCUAAUAAAGUAAAACUAUUACAUCUCUUUAAAUGAAUCAUAAUAUAUUUGAUCCAUAAUAAUUAAGAGAUGUUUUAUUAACUUUUCCAAAUGCACUUAAAGAUUUAGAAUUAAUUGAUUGCAAACUUCAUUAUUAACACAUGGACAUUUUAAUGUCAUUUAUUAAUAAAAAUUAAAUAGCAAAAAUUAAUCUAGAAAAAAAUAAUAUACGUGAUCAAGGAUGUAAAAUUAUUAUGAAAUAUUUGAUGAAUAAUAAUACACUUUAACAUUUGAACUUAAAUAACAAUUAAAUUACUGAAUGUUCUAGUAUGGCCAUAUCUAAUUUAUUAAAAUAAACAUAGAGAUUAUUAGAAUUAUAUUUGGGAUAUAAUAAUUUGAAUUCAAGUGCUGGAAAUGUUAUUUGGAAAGCAAUGUAUAAAAAUACUAGUGUCAAAAUAUUAGAUUUGUCUCAUAAUAAUAUUGCUUCUUUGGAUUGUGCAGUAUCAAUUGCUAAAGCUAUUGCAAGACCAUAUAAUGAAUUACUUCAUGUAGAUUUAUCCUAUAAUAAAUUUACAUAUCCAUAAGCUUAAUUAAUUGCAGAAUCCUUAAUCAAAAAUGAAACUAUUUAUGGUUUUCAUUUUGAAGGAAAUUAAAGUGAAUUGGUUGUUAAUCCAAAUGGUUUUUUGGUUAAUAAUAUUCAAUUCAAAAAAGCUUUAAGUGAUAAACUAAUUUAACUCUAUAAAUAACCUUAAUAUUUCAAAUUAUUAGAAAUUCCUAAAUAACAAUCCUAUCAACCUCCUAAGUAAUAUGAAGAAUUAGUAAUGCCAUUUAGUAGAUAGAGAAAGAUUAGAUCUACAAAAUCAAAUUUUUAAAAAGUUAAUCAAUUAAGUAAAUAAGAUACAUGUUGGAUUUGUGAAGGAUGGUAAGAAAUUAGAUUUGAAUGGAAUGCUUAUAAAUCUGGUAGUCUAUAUAAUGAACCUAUAUUUAUUCAUUUUGAUUUUGAAGAAUAUCGACCUUUUUUAAUGACUCAUUUAAAUAAUGAAUUCUUUUUUGUAAAGAUGUGUCCACCCAAUUAAGAAAUACAUUAUUUUUUUACAAAUCCAAUAUUGGGUGUUUAAUAACCUGCUAUGGAUUAACAAAUAAAAUACUUGGACACUCCAAUACCUUCUAUACCUUUUUUAUAUAAUGAUGAAAUUUUAGUAGAUGGAAAUGCACUUGAUUAAGUAAAUAUUCUUUAAACAUACAAUAAAUAAUAAUUAUUUGAUAAAUAUAUGCCCUUAGUUUAAUGUAAACCUAGAGAACCUUAAGCUAAAUUUGACUUUUCACCUUAUUUGAAUAUCAAAAAGCAUAAUUGGUCAGUUGAUACAUCUAUUUUUCGAAAUUUUUAACCAGACACUCCAUAAUUAAUUGAUUAAUGUUUUGAAUUUGAUUUUCAAAAUUCAAAAGUAACAAGAUUGGUUAAGGAAACAGAGAUAGUUGAAGUAAAGGAAAGUUUAAAAGAUUUAUAUAGAAAUUUAUUUCAUGUAUAUAAAUAUCAUGCUGCUGGUUCACAAGGUCAACCUAUUCCUUGUAUUUUGAUAUAUGAUUAUAUUGAUUUUCUAGUUUAAACAUCAUUAAUGGAAGGAAUGAAAACUAAUGAUAUUGAUAUAAGUUUUACAUCAACUAGUGCAGCAAAAGAUGUAUCAUUUCCUUAAGCUUAUGAAAAAGGUUUAGUUAGAUGUUAAUUACUUGAAAUAAUGAUAAGAUUAUGCAAUGAUAAAUAUAUACGUCCAGGAUUAUUUACUUCAAUGGUAGAUUCAAUCAGUGCUAUCAAAUAAUAAUGUUAAGAAUACUUUAGUAGAUUUGAUUAAGCAUAAUAGUGGAGAAAAACUAGAUUAUGGAAUUAAAAAUGUGAUAUUUUAUUAAAUGAUAGAAUUGCUAUGUUAAAGUCUCUUUACAAAUAUUGUUGUAAAUUAAGUAAGAAACCUUAAUAAUUCAAAUUUGAAUAUGUAUCAAUACAAGAUUUUAAGGAUAUGGUAAAUUAAUGUAAAUUAAUAUGUGAUGACCUAAAUGAAAGGGAAUGUUGUUUAGUUUAUUUAUAAUCUAUGAUUACUUAAAAAGAUGAACUCUUCUCAUCCAAACAUUAUUAAAUGAAUUUUCAUGAAUUCAUUGAAGCUUGUAGUAGAUUGGCUGAAAAAUUGUCAAUUAUUCGUGGUGACAAACAUAUGGAUAUUGAUGAUAGAAGGCCUAAAGAUUUACACACUAAAUUAGAUGGCUUUCUAUUAUAUGUCUAUUUAAAUAUAGGAAAUGAGAUGAAAUCAACUCUUCCACCAAAUGAUCCAGAUAUCAAAGGAGUUGAUAAAUGUAUGAUAAAUGAUUUUAAGUCAUUGAAAUAGAAAUUAGAGGAUUCUUUUACUGAUGGUGAUGAACCACCUUAUGAUCCUAGAGUAGAGUUACCACAUUUAUCUAGUCAGAUAACGAAUGUAUUGGGUAAUACAAUAGGAGGUAAGAAAUAAACACUCAGAUCUCAAAUGAAAUAGAUUAAAAAAGAAGAGUAGAAAUUUUCUUUAAUAAAUUUUGUUUAAUACUUUAAAAGCAUAUAACAAUUAAACAAAGAUCAAGAUGAUUGA